AUGUCGUUCGCAUACAAGGUGGAUGAACUGCUUGCACUUCGCGACUCGGUGUCGGAAUCGGCUGUGUCGAUUGAGAAGUUUCCUAAUGAGGAUGUGAUCAGAGAACACGUCCUACGCCCCUCGGUGUCCGCUUCGGCGAAUCUGUCUAGCAGAGCAUCGAACAGAAGCCUGCGUGUACCUACUCCGGCGGCUCUCAUUCCUUUCGGCCCUCAGAAGCGGCCAUCGCCGACGCCGUCGAUUAAGCGUGGCAAAGCAGAGAAACUUCUCAAAGAACACGGAAGUCCCCCUGGUAUACGAGUUACCGCGGGUGGCCGUAUAGUUCCUAGCGACCUUCCACCGCUCGGCACGUCUCGAUACGGUGACACCGCUUACAGACCACAACCACCACUGCGUGUCGCCCCAGGCAAUAUCCCUCAGCCGCAGACACAAACAAACGGCAACAAUACCGCUCGUGUUGAAGUCGUUGGCGGUCAACCAGUCAUCUUUGUUGGUGAUCGCAUGUUCGCACUGCCAGCAGUCAACGCAACCAACCCCAAGAUACCUCUCACUGGCCCCGCUACUAUGGACACGACGGCCAAACAGAUGCUAGGCGAUUCCACGUUGGCUACUCACAAUACUCAAACGGGAGGCGCCUUUGGGCCAUCACGUUCCAGUACUCACACACCAUUUGCUGGCCUGGACCUGACGACACUCAAGGCGCAACAAGCGCUGAAGAAGCAAGAGCUGCGAACCGUAGAGCAGACCGAGGUAUUGCAAGCUGGUCACCAGAGCGAGGCAUGGCGCGCGGGAAUGAUCGAGAAGAAGCGGCGCCUGAUCGUCGAGCUUGAUGCGCUUCGAAAGCAAAUAACAGCCGCCGAAUCAGAGGGUAGUACUGCUCAACAUAGCACCUUCUCUGGAGCGAACGCUCUAGGCUCAGCACCUAUGCCGACUUUUGGACCGCAAUACCAGCCAGGAUAUGCCCCUCCCAUGUACCCAUUCGCAGCGCCGUAUUCGUCUCUGCCGAUGUUCCAGCCCCAAGCUCAGCCUUUUGGUCAAUUUCCCAACUUUACUGCGGUCGAGCCUACACCUUUUGUCCCAGCCGCGGCAAACCCACCUCAUUCUCCUCCAGGCUCAGCUAGUCGUCGUUCUAGAGCUAUUGAGAUCAAGCCACCACCUCCAGAGGAAGUCAAGAAGGGAUCUAUUUUGAACCCAAAGAGCCCUACAUACGAGCCCGUUACCAAGUCCAGCACCACGCAAGGCGCUGUACCGCCCACUCCCUCGGCAGAGAAGCGAUCUCCGUGGCGAGCACAAAAACAGCAAGAGCAGGGCAAACAUGACCGCCGGGCGUCAUCGCAGAAGCAUAGUCUGUCUAGCGUUGAUACCAUGGAUUUCUUCCCUACAAACACACAUGAGCAUUCCUCAACACGCGUAGCCCCACAAGCCAAGGAGACCGGGCACUCGUCCGAUGAGAACACUGCUGUCCCAUCUACACCGGAGAAGCACUGGCCUGCUAGUCCUUGGAAUGAAGGUGAUUCUGGUCGCUCAAGGCAAAAAGAGCCUGCGCCUAAGCUCACUUCGUGGCCUGAGGCAUUUGGCAAGCAACCUUCUAUGACUGCUGUACAGCAGAACGCUUUUGAGAAGCCCUUCUCCACCAUCGUUGAGCGAGCUCCUGUAAUGGGCGCCAACACGUCGACUUCCGCUUCGAGUAGCUUCGUCGCGCCACGCGCCAACUCGGACCAACGUACUAGUACAGAUGAGAACUGGCCGUUCCAUGGCAAGCCGGUAACAUAUGUUCCGUCCACAUAUCAGGAGGGCUACCAGGCCGGUUAUGACCAUGUUGGCAUUCCUGACAGUCCCGAGGUUCUGCAAGGUUACAUCCAGGGUCUUUUGCACUUCCUCACAGAUGAGUCGAAGAAGCGUCAAGCUGAGUAUCAACACGACAUUGACUCUAGGACACCCUCGCUACGAGCGUUAGUUGCCGGGUCUCUUCCCCAAGACUCUGCUGCCGGUAUGCCUUUGAACAACAACAACAACGCCAAUGGAGGUCAGGAAACUGUUCGCUCAAUGAAGGGCAAUCUGCCAGACGAUGCCCGUCGUGACUCGGGAUACGGUCAGCAAGGGAAUGUUAAGGAAAUUCCAGUGCAAUACAUGGCUCGCAGCGAAGCUAUUCUGGAACGCCAUCGCAUCGCCUCUGCCGCGCAGCACCUGAACCCUCCAGUGAUCGUUCCACGGAGGCUUGCGUCUAACUACCGACAGGCUGCGUUUCCGAGCAUCGAGAAUGAUACAAGUCGAGGCAUAAAGAAUCCAAUUAACUUGUCCAAGGCGAACAAUUCCUUGGACAGUGGCGUGGUUCAGCAUAUCUUCGGCAAUCAAACCCAGAAUCGCAACUAUGGCACGUCACUGAGCUCGCAGCGCUUCUACCCAACGCACAAGGAAGUGAGUCUGGGCGAACUUGGUACCUAUAACGCACCUGCUCCUCGGCACUUUGGUAACCGCUUGUCAGGACUGGACGGCGCCAUGGAUGAUUUGUCGGAGAUGAUCAACGAUACGCCUACUGACGAGCAUCGGUCUCCGGUUGCAGGGGACCUUCGUUCAGCUGAAGCACCUGUCCCCUUUGAGUAUGAGGAGAGCAGUGCAAGCUGCUUCAAGGUGCCAAGCAGUAAGGGCAAGCAGAAAGCGACGUCUUCUCCAACGAAGGCCGCGGAUGUCGAGCGUAGUGCUGCUACAUCUUCGCCAGCCAACCCACCUAGCUCGCCUAAGAAGUCCGGAGAGCAUUCACCCGCAAAAGCGAAGCUGGAACAGGUGACCAACAAGUUUCGACGCAGCAAGAAGGACGACCCUCGAACCAUGUCUCCAGACGAGAGGCAGAAACGUUCAGACAAGUGGCGACAGCGCUUUCGGGACCUGAAGAGGACGGAGAUCGAGGAGAUCGAGGCGCAUCGUAGGAACUCGCGUACUUGA